AUGGGCAGGCAUAAAGAUUGGAGAAAAGUUGCUAAACGUGAAAGAAGAAGAAAAAUUCGGACCAAAGCUGCUAGGGAACUGGACAGUUUUCCAUCUCCUUCAUGUAGUGAAUAUACAAAAUGGCUUAAUGAACAGGAAUUACUGGAAACAUAUGAGCUAGAACAAAUAGAAAUUCACAAUAAAGAGGAGAAUGAAAAGUGGAUUGAAGCUGAAAUAAUAGCAAUAAAAAAGUACAGAAAAAUUCAGGAAGAAAAAGAAAAGCAAAACCAAAUACAAUUAGAAAAUGAAUUAAAAAUUAAACAAGAAUUAGAAAUAGAAAACCAACGCAAAGCUAAGGAAGCAGAGAGAUUACAAGAAAUAGAAAAAGAGAACAAAAAAAGACAAGAACAAUUUAUGUCUAAUUUAGAGAAGUUUUUGAGUGGAGAUUCUUCAGAUCCACCACAAGAAUUGCUAAUAUACCAUGAAACAAGACCAAGCACUGAACUAUGUCCUUUCUUUAUCAAAACUGCUUGCUGUCGUUUUGGUGACCAGUGUUCGAGAAACCACCAAUAUCCUGGAAUUAGUAAAAUACUUUUAGCUACAAAUUUCUAUAUCCAUUUUGGCUUGGAGAAUGCAAACUAUAAUGAAUAUGACACAGAUAUCAUGUUAGAAUAUGAAGAUAGUGAAACACUCAGGGAUUAUAAAGAAUUCUUUUAUGAUGUUCUACCUGAAUUUCAGAAGCAUGGCCAAGUUGUAGAAUUUAAGGUUUGUAAUAACUACGAGAAACACCUACGUGGUAAUACCUACAUAGAGUAUGCAGACCUGCGAAGCGCUGUGAAAGCUUAUCGCACAUUACACGCGCGAUGGUAUGGAGGAAGACAAAUGUCAUUACAAUUCUGUCAAAUACCAUCUUGGAAAGCAGCUAUAUGUGGUCUACAGUCAAGGAAAAGAUGUCCUAAAGGCCGUGCAUGUAACUUCUUGCAUGUAUUUUCAAAUCCCGAAAAUUUUUUUAGAAGAAAUUAUAUUCCUGAGAGAAGGCGUAGGACACCGCCACGUUCAUGGCGAUGGUCAGAAUCACCCGAACGAGAAAUAAUAAAAAGGAAGCGUUCGAGAUCAAAAGAUAGACGAGAUACCAAAGAUAGAAGAAAGCGGCGUCAUUCAAAAAAAUUCCGAUCUGAUAGUUGA